AUGUACUUCACAAGCGCCAUCGUACGGGUGAAAAAAGCCUUACCUGACCAAAUCUAUACUUCGGGCUCGCACGUUAUCCUGAGCGAGAAUGACUCAAUGUUCUACCAGUGGCACCUAGGCCCGUCCAAAUUCACCUCCUGUUACAUCGACAGCGUCGUUCCCAGUCCCGACAAUGGUCUUGAGGCCAACAAGACCUAUACCUCAUCUGGCUCCCUCACCGAAAUCCAGAUUUGGAACGUUACCCCACUCCUGUUGAAACCAUGA